UUCAACUAUUCACACAUAUACAUUUUUGAUGGCAACAUAGGUGGUGACGCGAGAAAAGGCCGUGGGAGGAAUGUUUUAGUAAAGUUAGAAGAGAGAAGAAAAAACUCUACUGGCCCGUUGCCAUUAGAAGUUGACAGUGUCUCGAACAAAAUAGUAGGCUUGGAGAGUAAAGCUUUUCCUCGAUUGGUAGGGCGAGAGGUUGCACUGCAUGUGCCUGGACAUCAUCCAAGUUGGGCAAAUGUCCCGGAGCAGUACGAACACCUCAUCUUAACCAAGCUUCGGCAUUAUUACCAGUUGGACAGUCAUCCAAAGUUAGUAGCUAUUUCGAUAGCUGAGAUGGCCGAGAAGUACAAAACACAAAAGAAUAUUAGAUUGCAACACUUCAGAGAAUAUUACAAAAACCCAGAAGACUUUGAAAAUGCAGUGAAGAACCCUCCCAAUGAACUUAAUGAAGACCAAUGGCGACUAAUAUGUGAAUUGUUCACAACUCCUGAUUUCAUUCAACGGUCGAAGCAAAACUCUAUCAAUCGACAGAAGAUGAAAUUCUCUUCAACAACAGGGUCGGUAACUAUGGCUGAGAUUCUUCGUCAAAAACAAGGAAAGGGUUACAUUGAGACUUGGAAAGAAUGUCAUACUAAGAAAGACACCAACACCUUCAUCAAUGAGGCUGCCAAAAAUAAAUAUGUAAGAUAUAUAAAAUAAUAACUUUUAAAUAUUUUCAAAUAAUUGUAACUUUGCUUGAUUUCUAACUUAUUUAUAUUAUAGGAAGAGAUGUUGACAACUUGAAAUAGUGCUCCUGA